GAGUAGCAAAGAUGUCUUUUGGCAACGCAAGUGCAGGAGAACUACUGUCUGAUACAAAUUUGAGUCAAGGGACGAAUUCCAGCGCCAAACAGGAAGUGUUUGGGGGAUCUGUUUGUGCUCAAGGUUUCUACUGGCCGAUCCACGCACCCUUGAUUUUGAUUCUCAUAUCUAUUUUGGCUGCCAACUGUGUUGUUAUCGUCUUGACGAUCUGGAAAGAAACUUUACGGACAGUGAGUAAUAUGUUCCUGUUUUCCUUGACUCUGUCUGAUCUAUUGUUUGGUUUAAUCGGAAUUCCUGUCUUCAUGUCCUGUACAGUCACCACCUCCCUUUUACAGUGUACGCUAUCCGUGCUUCUUUGGCGAUUCACUGCUGUUUCGUCCGUAUGUCAUCUUUUUAUCAUUGCUUGUGACCGCUACUUUAUUAUUUUACAUUCUAUGAAAUACCCUUCAAUCGCAACAAAAACCCGUGCCACAUGCGUGAUAGCGGUAAUUUGGUUAGUGGCAUUAGCGUCUUCAUCCAUUCAGUUUGCUUGGUACAAAUGGAACAACGACCUAAAAGAACCCAAGGAAGACACAAUUCAGAUUGACAAAAUUUAUCUUUUAUUGCUGAUCAUAGUGUUCUUUUUUUUGCCUUUACUGCUGAUGUUCUACAUUUACAGCUGCAUCUUACUUGUUUCUUUUCGACACAUUUUCGCCUUUCGUAGACGUCGUAAAAAUCUCGACCAACCAGUGCCCUCUAUUGCUCACGAUUUACGUGGAACCUUUAUUUUAUUUUUUAUGAUGCUAAUAUUCAUCGGUUGCUGGCUGCCGUUUUUUCUUCUUAUUCUUGAAGAUCACAUUCUGGAGACUUUCUUUUAUAUCGUACCAGGAUGGGGUUUAUGCGUAAUCCUUUAUCUCCGAUUCAUUCCCCCAAUGGCAAAUCCCAUUCUAUGCGCGUUUUGUAAGCAAGAUUAUCGCCGUGCCUGGCGUGGUUUAGCGCGACGGCAACAAUGGCUCAGCCUGAAUCUUCGUUUUUUCAAAUUUCCUUCCGUCUCUGAAACUCGCGACAGAACAUGUGACAGAACCCCAACUUCAGUCACACUCGCCGAAAAAACAAACAACAGCGGUGAUAGCCUAACUGGUUCAGUGAAUAUGCUUGCUUUGGAAGUUUAUUGACAACGGUUGCUGAUGUAUGUGUUAAUCUUAGAUCAGCCUAAAAGGAACCAGUCAUUUCAUCUCAAAGCAGCUGGUUCAAAAAUCGGUGAACUUGAAAGGACAGUUCAUUUAAAGACUAUCGGGCAAUAGGUGGGUGACUUUCCUUAAACCCUUUAAAUCAAGAGCUGAUCGUAAAUUCUCUCCUCUAACUGCUACACAUUUCCAUUUAAAUUAGUUACAAGAAUUUGGUGUUAGGUCAAGAGAUGAACUUCUACCUGACAAGUUUGGGCAUUCUUAUUACCUGUUUGCUGAAUAGUGUAUGUAUAUUAUAGGGAGAAGUUACAUGUUAAUCACCUCUGGAAGUUAACGGGUUAAGAUAUAAACCCUACAGCUGUGUCAAAGAAACCCACGCAUUUAAGUUAAUUACGCGUGCGCAAAGUUUUGUACAGCUUUUAUCAUUUGCGUUCUUAAACGGAGCGAGGGGUUAUCUUUUUUAUUGAAGCGUUGGAAAGCUAUUUUUCCCUUAAGGGAUCAUUAGGUCAGCAGGGUAUGUAAUGAAAGGGUAAAGGAGUAGUAAUAAGGUAACUGACUGGUUUAAGCUUACCUCGAAGAAAAGCCAAACUUAAUUCUUGUCUAAAGUAAGCAGAAAAUUCUAUUGAAAAACUGAAAACAUGAACUAAAAGCUUUAUCAAACUAACGUCAGAAACGUUUCUGCGGAUGGUAAGGGAAUCAUCUACCAGUGACAUGCACAAUAAUUAUGGCGUUUGAUUUUUUUUCCUUCAGUCCUACAAAAAAGCUUCUUUCUCUGACUUUGACAUUGUUUUUCUUGAGGUGCAUUCCAACCAUGUAACUUGCUCUCAAAUUCAUCUUGGACUAUUUUGGUCUGUCAAUAUUAAAAGCUCCUUUUAGAAUGCACUUGAAGAGACACUUUCAAUUAAGGUGAAGAUUUGCACGAGGCCUCUGUAUCAUUUUUUUUUUUUUUAAAUUUCUUAAACAGACCUAACGAUUCCUCGAUAAACCGUAAAAUACAAUCUAAGAUGGCAAACGCUUUAGCUGUAGGACAUGAUUCAAGUUGUAUCUCAACAAAAACUCUUUCAUACGCUGUAAAGGCCAUUUUCGUUUCCUCAAUACUUAAUGAAAUACAAAAGAAGCACGAAUGAAAGGGGUUUGUGAUGAUGUUAGGGUCCGGUCAUUUUGUUUAUCACAGGGGGGAUGAGGAGAUUAGGAGGAUUUUGGCUUUUUCGCGAUAAGUCUUACCUGACCCCCCUUGAAGUGUAAAGUUCCUUUUAUCCCCCCUCAUUGGUAGUUAAUUGGUAGUUAAUUUUAC